CUCCGCCUCCUCUCUCUAUCUCUCUCCCCCUCUCUCUCUCUUCCUCUUCUUCUCCACAGAGGCGGAAGCCAAAUCCCAUCGCGAGCUGCGGGGGGAGGAGUGGGGAGGAUUCAGAGGGCGGGAGGGGUUUCUUUUUUGUAUACUGUGUGAAUUGGCGGCGGCGGCGGCGGCGGCGGCGAAGGGAGGGGCUAAACCCUAGACGGAGCGAGGAGGGAGGAGGAGGUGGGAGUGCUGUGCUGCGCUGCGCUGGUCGGGGAAGUGGCGGCGCCGGUGGUGGUGGUGGGAGCGGUCUGGGGGGCGCCGGGAAGGGUGAGGCCCGGAUCGCCGGAUUCGGGGGCGGGGAGGGGAUGGCUGCUUGUUCUUGCUCAAUUCCGGUGGAUCUUACGGUGGAAGGAUGGAGAGUUAGAGUGAAGGCGUGAUCUUUUGCUGUGGUUUGCUGUGGAGCUUGGAAGAGCCUUUGUCAUUGUUGCCGGGAAGGAUGGUGCCGUCGGGGCCGCCGAACCCGAUGGGUCCAGGGCAGCCGGUCGGCGCUGCCUCGCUGCUCCGGACGAGCUCCAGUCUGCUCAGCGGCGGGCAGCAGGGGAUGGGCAGUGGUGGAGGCAUGCUUCCUUCGCAGUCGCCCUUCUCGUCCCUCGUCUCGCCGCGCACGCAGUUUGGUGCUAAUGGCCUGCUGGGAGGUGGCUCCAAUGUCUCCUCCCUGCUCAACCGCCCAUUCGGGAAUGGUGGCCAUAUGCUUGGCUCGGGGUCGAUGCCAGGUGGCGGGCUUCCAAUGAAUACCCUCCAGCAGAGAGGAGGGCUUGAUGGUGCUGGCGGCGAUUUGGUUGGCGUUGGCGUGGGAGGUUCUGAUCCGCUCUCGUUCCCUUCGUCAUCACAGACUAGUUUGCGCAAUCAGCUGGGUUCAGACAAUCUGCAUCCACCGCCACAUCAGCAGCAGCAGCUGGAUGCUAUGCAGGACUUGCAGCAGCAGCAGCAGCAGCAGCAGCUGCCAAUGUCUUACAACCAACAACAGUUACCACCGCAACCACCACAGCAGCCGCAGGCUACAGUGAAGCUGGAGAAUGGUGGAAGCACAGGUGGGGUCAAAUUAGAACCGCAGAUGGGGCAGCCUGACCAGAACAGCUCAGCUCAGAUGAUGCGCAAUCCUAGCAACGUGAAAAUGGAGCCGCAGCAAUUGCAAACUUUGAGGAGUUUGGGUGCGGUGAAGAUGGAGCAGCCGAGCUCAGACCCAUCAGCAUUCCUGCAACAGCAACAGCAGCAGCAACAUUUGCUGCAGCUGUCAAAGCAGAAUCCUCAAGCUGCUGCGGCUGCGCAACUGACCCUUUUGCAACAGCAACGGAUAUUGCAACUGCAGCAGCAACAGCAGCAACAACAACAAAUUCUAAAGAAUCUGCCUUUGCAGAGAAACCAAUUACAACAGCAACAACAACAGCAGCAGCAACAACAGCAGCUACUUCGCCAGCAGAGUCUAAACAUGAGAACUCCAGGAAAGUCUGCUCCUUAUGAGCCAGGAACCUGUGCAAAGAGAUUGACCCAUUACAUGUAUCAUCAACAGAACAGGCCACAGGACAACAAUAUUGAGUACUGGAGAAACUUUGUCAACGAAUAUUUUUCUCCAAAUGCUAAAAAGAGGUGGUGUGUAUCUCUCUAUGGAAGUGGUCGUCAAACUACUGGAGUUUUUCCUCAGGAUGUAUGGCAUUGUGAGAUAUGCAAUCGGAAGCCUGGCCGAGGCUUUGAGACCACUGUUGAGGUGUUGCCACGUCUAUGCCAAAUCAAAUAUGCCAGCGGUACAUUGGAAGAAUUACUAUAUGUUGACAUGCCACGUGAAUCGCAGAAUGCCUCUGGUCAGAUUGUUUUGGACUAUACUAAAGCAAUCCAGGAAAGUGUCUUUGAGCAAUUGCGUGUAGUACGCGAAGGGCAUCUACGGAUAGUUUUUAAUCCAGAUCUCAAGAUCGCGUCUUGGGAGUUCUGUGCUAGGCGUCACGAGGAACUAAUUCCACGGAGAUCAAUAAUACCACAGGUUAGUCAACUGGGCGCAGUUGUGCAAAAAUACCAGAGUGCUGUUCAAAAUUCGACAAAUUUGUCAACUCAAGACAUGCAGAAUAAUUGCAACUCGUUUGUUGCAUGUGCCCGCCAAUUGGCUAAAGCACUGGAGGUGCCUUUGGUAAAUGAUUUAGGGUACACAAAACGAUAUGUCCGCUGCCUUCAGAUCGCUGAGGUGGUAAACUGUAUGAAAGAUUUGAUUGAUUACAGCAGGCAAAAUGGAUCUGGACCGAUUGCUAGUUUGCAUAGCUUUCCUCGGAGGACUUCAUCAGGGGUCAACCCUCUUCAGUCACAGCAGCAACAACCUGAAGAGCAGCAAUCUAUCCCACAGAGUUCAAACCAGAGUGGUCAAAAUGCUGCUCCCAUGACUGGUGUUCAGGCUUCUGCCUCUGCGAAUGCAGAUGUGACCUCAAAUAAUUCUCUCAGUUGUGCACCCUCUACAUCAGCGCCUUCACCAUCUGUUGUAGGGCUCCUCCAAGGUUCAAUGAACUCUAGACAAGAUCAUCCUAUGAACAGUGCUAAUGGUCCAUAUACCAGUGGAAAUAAUGCUACAAUUCCCAAGGUGAAUUCAACAAGCUCACUGCAGUCAAAUCCAUCUACCUCUUUUCCUUCACCAGUGCCAACAACAUCCAAUAACAACAUGAUGCCAGCCCCUCAGAACACAAACCAACUCAGCUCCCCAAGCGCAUCAUCAAACCUACCACCAAUGCAGCCACCUGCUACUCGGCCUCAGGAACCUGAGCCAAAUGAGUCCCAAAGCUCAGUUCAGAGAAUAUUGCAAGAGAUGAUGAUGACAUCGCAGAUGAAUGGUGUUGGCCAGCUUGGGAAUGACAUGAAAAGACCGAACGGACUUACACCUGGUGUUAACGGAGUUAAUUGUUUAAUCGGCAAUGCUGUUUCAAAUAACUCAGGAAUGGGAGGAAUGGGGUUUGGGGCCAUGGGUGGGGUUGGUCCAAAUCAUGCAGCUAGUGGAUUGAGAACUGCGAUGGUGAACAAUCCAAUGGCAAUUGGUGGUCGGAUGGGAAUGAAUCACAGUGCACAUGACCUAUCACAGUUGGGCCAACUACAGCAGCAGCAGCAACAACAUCAACAGCAGCAGCAGCAGCAUGACAUAGGAAACCAACUGUUGAGUGGACUUAGAGCAGCAAACAGCUUCAAUAACCUUCAGUAUGACUGGAAACCAUCUCAAUAAAGAUAGAACAUUACAAGUUCGAUAUGACGAUGCAGCUGCUCUCGCUGGGCUCGUUGCUUAUGGAGCAUCAGUAACAGUGCCAAUACCUCUGAACUGUGUCAAAGCAUUUGGCCUUUGCAAUAACGCUGUCAUGAAAAAAGGAAUCAUUCGCGACAGCAAGCAUCUGAGCCCUGUCAACUGUAUGUUGUAACUGUUCGUUUAGCUGCUUGUGUAUUAUGCAACUAUGGCAUUUUGCUGCCUGCUUCAGUUGUCUUACCCGAAAGAUAGAGUUAAAAGGAUUAGAGCCUGCCUGCACCUGCCGCCAUCCUUGAUGGUGUGGUGUUACUUCUUACCCGGAAAAGAAGUUUUCCCUCCCCUUUUUUUCCAUGUCAGAUGACAUCCGAUAUGUAAUUUAUCAUCCCCUCGCCUCUCGCCGCCUUAGCAAUCAUUAUGUGCUGAUAUCUCUCUUUGCCUGAGGAUUCUCUCUUGUAGCCUUACUUGACUCUGUAUAAGCUGUCAUAUUUAGUAGUGGAAAAAAGUACCAGGAAUGUUUUCGUAGGCUUUGUCGCCACAUCUGACUGGCAACCUAAGAAGACUGCCAUUCUUUCUUUUACUGAAGCAUUUCAUCCA